UAGAAAUAACACACACCAUGCAUGUGCUAAUUCACACCCAAACCAUGCACUCUCUUCUUAAAAACAUACCAAUUAAGUCCCUUCAGAAAAACCCUAACCCUAAUUUAUUCGCACAAACAAUGACUUCUCUACUACACUCUUUUCCUCUCAUUGCCAUAACCUCUGUUUCUACUCUAUUCUUAAUCUCCCUUCUUCCAGUUGUCCUCUCUCAGGACCCAACUCUAUCCGACUGCAUCUCCCCACUGCUACCCUUGACUGCAUGUGCACCUUUUGUGCAGGGAACGGCCCAGGCCCCAGCACAGCCGUGCUGCGACAACCUGAACCAACUCUAUGUUACACAGCAGGAGUGCCUAUGCCUCUUGCUCAAUGACACUUCACUGAAUACUUUUCCUAUUAACAGGACUCUUGCUUUGCAACUGCCUGAUCUCUGCAGGCUUCAAGCUGAUUUGUCUGUUUGUUCGGGGGUACCUGCGCCUUCUAACUCAUCAACUUCCCCUACUUCAUCCGGUCCACAAGUUUCUCUUGGUUCAAAUACCAAUUCCUCUGUUGCUUCCGCACCCAUGGUUCAAGUGGCACCCAGACCGAGCAUCAUGGGAUUUGGUUAUGGGCGGAGCACUGGCAUGAAGUUAAAGACAGAUGAUCGCUCAGCAGUCAUAUCUCUUGCAACUUUUCUGUCUGCAUUACUGUUAAUUUGAGCAUCCAGUUAAAGCAUUUCAGAUUUAUGGAUAGGAGUUCGUAGGAUCUAGCAUUUAGAGCGACUAAUUUAUAGAUUUGUUAUGGCAUGUUUGGAAUUUUUGAAUAAAACAUUCUAGUGCUUACUCUGUUUCUCAUACAUGAAAGUACCUUAGAAAGACCCACAUGAGAUGAUCUUCAGUUUUUCUACUUCCAAACAGCCUGAAGCUGAAGUCCAGAAAGAUCAAUAAACUAAACGGCUAACAAAAUCAUACGUAACAGAAACAUCAAAAGUUAGGCUGGACUAGUUUACAAAUAAUAGACUGGACUAUUUUUUAUAAAUUUAAGCGGAAACAUCAAUUCAAAUCUAUCUAUUUUUA